AUGACGCGAUUGCCAGGGCGUCUUGUCCCAGGUCGAGCCCAGAACAGCUCGGCCAGGAGCAAGUUCCGCAAGCACAAGGUCAUAUUAGAAAGUGUUACCCAGAAGAGAAAGAGGCUUCGGACAAUCCUAUCAUUCGAAGCAAAAGCUCCUCCUGGAUACACUUUUAUACCGGCUGGCAACCCAACAUUUACGACAGCCUGCAAAGAGUUCUGCCGUGAACAGAGUCUAAAGAUCUUCACCGUUACGACAACCCCCCAUCAAAACACCCACGGACUGUCCCAGCAGGUUCAUCGAGUUGGUUACCAUUUUCCAAGCACUGUUGUGGCUCAAAAGUGUAUGGAACUCGGCCUAUAUAUCUCAGAAAAUGGAAACGUGGUGCCGUUCGAACAGUUUGGUACCAAGCCCGCUACGACCGACGGUGACGUGGAUGUUCCUCAGAUUACAAUAAAUACUGAAGCCAGAGACGUCAUUCGCGACCUUUUCCCUCGGAUUCCCGAUGAUGACAUAAAUCAAAUCAUCAAGACGGCGUUUCAAAAGGGCCAACGUAAAGUAGGGACUGCCGUUGAGCUACCGCUGGCCCGUAGGGCCCAGCUAGCUGUAGUAGCUCAUAUUCGCCAUCUCUAUACGGACUAUGACAAGCUACUGAAAACAACAUCUUUCCAAGAAGCCAGGCGUUCGGUAGAAGACUCCACGUUAGAGAAGCUUGUUCAGUGGCGUGGUGAUGAUGAAAGUGGAAUGCCGGAACUCGAAGAUGUCUUCCGUGAGGUCAUUGUUAUCUCUGACGACGAGGAAGGAGAUUCUGAAGAAAGCGAUUUCAUCGAAAAUGAAAAUGUUGCCUCGACUGACCAGGGUCUCAGUGUUGAGGUCCUAUCGAGUCAAGUUGCUGCUGACAAAGUUGAUGUCAUCACAAACGAUGAUAGCAAUCAUAUUGUCAGCCCCUUUCCGAUUAGAGUCGGCCGAAAACCGCUCUUUAGUGACUACAACUACGGAGCUGGAACCACAAUUCAGGCCUCGAGCAAAGCAAGGGUGGAUCGCCGUGGAUUCAGUCGCUACCGAGCUUGGGACCGAGCGAUGGAUCGCUAUCGAGAGAAAGCUCUCUCAGGAUAUAACGAGCCUAGUUCAUCUCGGGCUCCCGUGGUUACCAGAGACGAGGCCUUCGUUAUUUCAAGGCCAUCAUACGGUCAUGGGAAUCAAGCUAUCGGGCGGGCGCUCACACCCAUCGUAGAGCGCGUGUUCGAUCCUCUGUUCAAGGGUGUGGCUUAUGACAAUCGACCCCAUUCUAGCGAUGUACUUCACCACGGGAGGGAGUAUGCUUCACAGGAUGGCAACAGGGUCCAAGCAGGUCCACCAUCAGAGCACAAAACUCCCGAUAUUCUUCGUUUCUCUGAUGGAUCAGUUUUUAGCAAAAUCCCUCCAGUCUCGUCGCACAAAAGGAACUCAUUCCCAAUUGAUGUUUCGUCUGCUCCUGUAUUUGUUGCGGGGCCCAGAUUGUUCUCUGAAGGUAAUAAUGAGACGACUCUCAAACGAGUGCACCCGACCGCCCAUCGACCACCCAGCCGUAAUCGAAGCGGUGAUUCUCCUCGAAAUCACACGAUAAUCCCUUCUAUUGAACGUCGGGAUUCUCCAAUAUCCACGGGAUUUCCGCUUCAGCACAAGACUAGCGACCCCAAUAUCUUGCCGAAUGUUGUGCGUGGAACUUCGGCUUCACAGUAUAGGCGGCCACUUGAUGAACUUUCAAAGAGAAUUGACUUGAUUGACUUGACGGAGGAUCAGGAGUUUCCGAAAAGGAGACGACUAGAAUCCCAAGAGAUACUCUCCGAUCCCCACCGCUCUUCAUCAUAUAGGGAUGACCUCAUGAGUUUCGAAGUUGUUGAAUCAAGAACCCAACCUGGACAUUUAAUGAAGCAUAAACGAUACUUUGAGUCUGUGUCGCAAGGCAAACGGCCUGACAUCGCACCUGUUAUGAGGACUGACCCAGCUCCAUAUAUGAUGAACAGGCCAAGGGAAGAGACUACUGACCGGGCAGCAUACUACCCGAAUAAUAUGCUGCAUGGUUCCUCUACUUCUGUCUCCCGGGUUGUUCUUGGCUCUUCGGAAGCCUUUAAUGGAUCUGGUAGCACGCCUACAGGUCGUCCACGCGUUGAUACGCUGCCACAAUACAGGAACUCGAACUCCAGCGGUGACAGCUAUGUAGUGGAGCCUCCAAAAGAAGCACCUCCGAGAAUGGAUUAUCCGGCCAGCAGCCAUCACAGCCAUCACAGCCGUGGCACUGGCUCGGAUGAUGCAGUAUGGAGAAGUAAGGCUAACUCUUACGGUUCGCACAGGAGAUUAUUAGCAGCCCAGGAUCCUACUUGGUUGACGGGGUCGACCAACGUCCCUCAAUUAUCAUUACCAAUGAGUAGGGCGCACAGGCUCGAAAGAGUCACUCACAGUCCGGUCCAUAAUCAAGAGGACUUCAUGGAACAAUCUGUGGAUUUGACUCGUGAUGCAACACCCGAUAAUGCAUCUCAAUACUAUGGAACACAGAAUCGACGCAUCUCUUCGCAGCCCCUUGUUUUCGAUAGUCAGAGGAAGAGAGACGCUCUCCCCGCAUCAGCAGUAAGACGUUACGAGGUUCAACUGGAGAAGUCGUUGAACCCUCAUCGCUACGGCUCCGCCCCAUUUCAGGAGCGGCAAUGA